AUGAAGAUCAAGACGAUGCACCGCAGCCUCGAGGAGCACCUCCCGACCUCGUCGACCGCCACCGCCCCGGUCAAGCGCAACCUCGACCCGGCCCUGCACCCGUUCGCCCGCUCGCGCGAGUACACGCGCGCCGUCACGGCCGCCAAGCUCGACCGCAUGUUUGCCAAGCCCUUUGUCGCCUCGCUCGAGGGCCACCAGGACGGCAUCUACACCAUGACCAAGGACGAGGCCGGCGGGCUCGGCCGCGUCGCGAGCGGCAGCGGCGACGGCGAGGUGCGCGUGUGGGACCUCGGCGGCCAGCGCACCGUGUGGAACGUCGAGAACGCGCACCGCGGCAUGGUCAAGGGCGUCGCCUUUUCGCACCCGAUGGUCGGCGAGGACGGCCGCGUCGAGAAGAAGGUCGGCGCCGGCGAGCGCGGCGUAAAGCGCAAGCGCGCCGACGUCGGGUUCAAGGGCAAAGGUCGCGCAGGGCUCGAGGACGACCUCGACGACGACGAGUACGACGACGGCGUCGACCAGCUCGACGAGACGCAGGCGCGCGGCUCGUCGCGCGUCCUCAGUUGCGGCGCCGACAAGACGGUCAAGCUGUGGGACGUCAAGGGCCCGUCUGGCCGCAACGCUCGACCUCUCCAAACCUUCAACGGCAAAUCCGGCUUCAACGCGAUCUCGCACCACCGCUACGACCCGAUCUUUGCGACGGGCUCGACCGAGAUCGAGAUCUGGGACGAGACCAAGACGGCGCCGCUGUCGACGCUCAAGUUCCACUCGACGUCCAACGCGAGCCUCGGUGAGCACAUUCAGUGCGUCGCGUUCAACAAGAGCGAGACGAGCGUGCUCGCGAGCAGCGGGAGCGACCGCACCGUGUGCCUGUACGACUUGAGGAGCGGCAAGGCGCUCAGUCGGGUCGCCAUGCAGAUGCGCGUCAACUCGCUCGCGUUCAACCCGCUGCAGCCGCCCGUGCUCCUGUGCGCCUCCGAGGACCACAACUUGUACACGUUCGACAUGCGCAACCUGAGCACGACGACGCAGGUCUUCAAAGGUCACGUCGGCGCGGUCAUGUCGUGCGACUGGUCGCCGACCGGUCGCGAGUUUGUCUCGGGCUCAUACGACCGUACGGUCCGCCUGUGGGAGCAGGGCGAGGGCAAGAGUCGCGACACGUACCACACCAAGCGCAUGCAGCGCAUCUUCUCGACCCUGUACACGCUCGACUCGCGCUUUGUCCUGUCCGGGUCGGACGACGCCAACCUGCGCAUCUGGAAGGCGCGCGCGAGCGACAAGCUCGGCGUCGUCGACAAGCGCGAGCAGGUGCAGCGCGAGUACCGCGACGGCCUCAGGGAGAAGUGGGGGACCGUCGCCGACGUGGCAAAGAUCGAGCGGACGCGCUACCUCCCCAAGCCGAUCCACCAGGCGACCAAGCUCAAGCGCGAGAUGCUCGACGCGCGCCGCACCAAGGAGGAGAACCGUCUGCGCCACGCGCCAAAGGGCGUCGACCAGGAGCUCCUCAAGCCCAAGCCGGCGCGCAAGGCGCCCAUCGCCCAGGUCGAGCAGUGA